CGGGAAGACAACAUUGCAGAAGGCAGUCCCUCCACGUUCCGAUUGGGGCACAUUUCAUCAUCCACUCUUAAUUUCCUCUUCUCGCGCGGUCUGGACUCGCGUUGAGAUUCAUAUCCCACCAAGUAGAUCCUUGACAACACCUGUCACUCUCAGCCGGAGUGCAUAAACAGUCAUCAUGGGCACGAAAACCCCGCCAGCGUCACUCUUCCAGGUGUACUUGCGCCUCCGUCCGCCCGGUCCACAACACCAAGAUCACCAAACUGAGCGUUGCAUGACUAUCGAUACCCCAGAAACUAGAGAUUCCCAACUAGAUGGCCAAGCUCCCAAUGCUGGCCCGACCCAUAUUACGCUGCAACCGCCCAGCGAUACCCGAAAACGCGCAGUCGAGAAGUUCGGAUUCACCAAGGUCUUCGACGAGUCGGCGUCCCAGCUGAACGUGUUUGGAGAGACCGGGAUAGACUCUUUGGUAAAGGGUGUGCUGCAGGAAGGAAGGGAUGGCCUCAUUGCGACCUUGGGGGUAACCGGGAGCGGCAAGAGCCACACCAUUCUGGGCUCAAAGACACAGAGGGGACUCACUCAGAUGAGUCUCGAUGUGAUCUUCAGGUCCCUGGAAUCGACAAUCAAACCCCCCGACAACUCGAUCAGUCCCUUUCUCCUAGCAUCCGUCUCUGCCUCGGACCCUUCAGAAGCGCAGAUAUUCUCAGCCCAGACGUUCCUCGAAGCGGUAUACACCGACCCGAGUGAACGUGGGCGAAAUUCAAGGGCCCAAACCCCCAUGAGCUCGGGCAGAGCUAACACCCCGAUGACGGACCCGACGCCAGCGAUCAACUUCCCUCGUCGUAACCUGCCGCCACGGCCCGGCGCUCUGCCCAAAUCCCCCGAUGUCAGCCACCUGACCUUGGAAUUAAACCCGAACUCCGAGUAUAUCGUCCUAGUAUCGAUGUAUGAAGUGUAUAACGACCGCAUUUUUGAUCUAUUGUCCCCAGCUAUUGUCCCUGGUCAAGGCAGCACCGUGUCACGCCAAGGGGCCAAUAUGCAGCAAAAGGAUCGACGCAAGCACCUCUUCUUCAAGUCGACCGAAGGAUCUCCCGAUCGAAAGCUCGUUGCAGGUCUGCGUAAGAUUGCCUGUAGCACUUACGAAGAAGCACUGGCGAUUCUUGAGAUUGGCCUUACGGAGCGGAGGGUCACGGGAACCAAUUCCAACAGUGUGAGCUCUCGAAGCCACGGUUUCUUCUGCCUUGAAGUCAAGAGACGGAUGCGGAGUAAGAGAACUGGCGAAGAGACCUGGAUUGGGAACACAUUGACUGUUGCGGACUUGGCUGGUUCCGAGCGAGCAAGAACCGCGAAAACGGGAGGCUCAACACUUGCUGAAGCUGGUAAAAUCAACGAGAGUCUGAUGUACCUCGGUCAAUGCUUGCAAAUGCAAAGCUCUAUUCAAGACGGGAACAAGACCGCUGUCGUCCCUUUCAGACAAUGUAAACUUACAGAGCUGUUGUUCUCCAACUCGUUCCCCUCCCCGGGCCAGGCAGCAGGCCUGAACCGUCACCCGCAAAAAGCACUUAUGAUUGUGACGGCAGAUCCGUUGGGUGACUACAACGCGACAUCCCAAAUCCUGCGCUAUUCGGCACUGGCGCGUGAAGUUGCUGUGCCUCGAGCUCCGUCCAUUGCGGAGUCUAUUGGGUCUAACUCUCUUGCUACGGCAAGCGGGCGUAAUUCGCCGGAUUUAACCACAGCCGAAGAGCUUGAAAGGGCCACAGCUGAAGUCAAGCGACUGGCCGAAGAAAAUGAAGGCCUUGCCAUGAGGCUCGCCGAGGAAGAGGUCAUGAAGGCAGAACUCGAGCUCAGAUUGAAAGCUAGCGAAGAGACCUGCAUCAUGAUCGAGCAAGAUGUGCGGGAAGAGUGCUGGGCGGAGAUGGAUGAGAGAAUGGAGGAAGAACGGAAAAAGUGGCAGACUGCCCUGGACGAACAGGCUGGCCACAAUAACGAACACCUUGACAAGAAGAUCGAGCUUCUGUCCCGAGGCUUCCACGUCCAUGAAGAUCCAGCAUCCUCCGAGGACGACCGAGUGAACGACCUUGAGUUCGAGAAUGACCAGCUCCGCAGCAAGAUUGCUGCUCUCGAGCGAGAGCUCAACUGCCGCUCCCCGACCAAAAAGCCCAAGCCCAAGAAUGUGCUCGAGUCGUCUCGUAACUCCAACAUCCUGGGCCGCGAAAGUGACAUCGAGGUUGCACUUCAGCGCAUGGACCAACUGAAGUUGGCCGACAGCAUGUUCUCUCCCGCCCAACCGACCAAAUCCCCCGGAAAGAAGCCUAGAAAGAUGGCAACCCGCAAGUGGGAUUUGGCACCCGAGGAAGAUAUUUGAAGUGCUUAUUGAAGUUCUAUUCCCAUGCUCAAUCGUUUUUUCUCUUUCAUGAAUACAAGAUAUCACGCCAACAUGUUGGGUUUACUGCUUUUGCUUUUGCUUUUUACUU